AUGAAGGCCCGGGCCAUCGCGCAGAUGGCGUCCACCUGGCCAUCUCGCGACGGGAACCGGUACUUCAUACUGCCGCAGGGCCUCACCUACUUCGACGCCAAAGGCAUCGAGGCGUUGAUCGCGGUGGCGGAGAAUCGGACGAUGGACUCCUGGACGGAGGCCGGGCUCGGGCGGAAGCUGGCGAAUGGGGCGGGUGCAGGCUUCAUCUCGCCAAUUUCGUUGCUGUAG